AUGGUGCCUAUGCGAAAUUCUUCCAGCUACGAGGACGCCGAUUUGGCCUCCAAUCGAGGUCAAGAAGACAUCGUCGUAGCCGUCAUGGGCAGCACUGGAACAGGAAAAUCAUCCUUUAUCAGGCUCCUCACAGGGAAUACAGACGUGAAGGUGGGCGACAGCCUCGAGUCCGAGACGAGCGACAUCCAGGUCAUCCGCUUUUGCGAUGGUCCCAGUGGCCGUAACGUAACAAUUGUCGAUACGCCUGGUUUCGAUGAUUCGCGUGCUGGUGUUAGCGAUACGGACAUACUAAGAACGAUCACCGAGUUCUUGCUUAAAGAAUACGACGAGAACCGAAAGUUGAAUGGUCUCGUCUACCUUCAACGCAUCUCCGACCCCCGGUUCGGUGGCCAAUCCACCCGUAAUUUGAGGAUGUUCCGAAACCUCUGCGGUACGGAAGCCUACAAGAACGUUGUCGUCUUGACCACAUUCUGGGACCAACUCCCCUCAGAAGAGGAAGGCGUCAAACGAGAGGGACAGCUAAAGACGAGGUUCUUCAAGGAUCUUGUAGAUGGAGGCGCCUGCUUCAUGCGACACGAUCGUACCAUCGAAAGCGCCCGCAAGGUGCUGGGACAUAUCUUCCCUCUACCCCCCGCCGUCGCCCAGAUCCAAACAGAAAUCCGGGAAGAAGGGAAGACUCUCGAGGACACUUCCGCUGGGUCUGUGCAUAGAGAGGAGGUGGAGCGCAUCAUCGCCAACCACAAGAAAGAGGUCGGAGAUCUCAAAGCAGAGAUGGACGCACUCAAGGAAGGCAACACAGCGGCGAGGCGCGAACUGGAGCAAGAGCGAGCUAAGUUGCAGGCAGAUCUGGCACGGUGGGAGAAGGAGCGCUCAGAGCUCCAGCAAGGUCUCGACGAGGAGAAGAAAUCUCGCGAGAAGUUGGAGGCGGAGGCUGCGAAGAUCCAAGCUCAGAUCAACAGCAAAUGA